AGCUCGCUCUGGUAGCUGCACUGCCAGCGGAUACGUCGCUGCUCAGACCCCACCACUUCCCAGGGUCCCAGAUACACAGUCCGUUCUUCGGGAGUGUCUUGGAAGAGAAUUCUAUCGCAGAGGAAUAAAGGCACAGAUUGUCAGAAGCUGGAAAUGCAACGGCAUAGACUUGGCGGGAGGCUGAUCGUACAUUGUGGCAGAAUAGCCGGGGGGCCCUAAGUCGAGAGGCCGUAGCGAGGCCGGCUGCGCGCCAGAGUCGCCCGUGGAGGUGGCUGAUAUCGUGGAGAUUUCUGACGUCUGCGUCCAGGUCGAGUCGACGGGGCUCACGUAGGAGCGGCUGUAGGUGGGCGGGCGGCCGAGAGACGAGGAUGUGAAGGAGGAGCCGGACGAGGACGAGGCGGCCAUGCUGGGACGAGGCAGCUUGAAGGGCUACAGUCACCGGAGACAGCAAUCCGCGGGCUUGGGCGAGGCUGCAGGAGAAGCUAUCAUGGCACUGGCCACGCAGGAUGGAGAAGAGGCUGGCAGCCCGGCAGGGCUUACCAAGGCUCUGGAGAUGCUGGAAUUGGGAGGAUGGUGGAAGAGCUUGGAGAUUGAAGAAUCAAGAGGAAGUAACAAAUCCUGGGUGCUGUUGCGUACUUGGAGCGUGCUAAUGCUACCUACAUCUAAUACUGCUAACCGCUAUGGAGCACGCAGCACUGCAGCUAUUGGGAGUGGAUAA